UCCACUAUUUCUGUUUAUUGAGCGAGUUCAUAUUUACCUGAGCGUCGACACUCCUAUAUCUCCAUCAUUAGAAGCAACUGUUAAUGUAAUAGUUGAUUACACCAAUGGCUGUCGUUUCACAGAAUAUAAAAGCAGUUCUUUUUUAAACGUUGAUGUACUGACUUUCGAUGAUGUAAUUCAGGCCACUCACAUAAAAAAUCGGCCACCAUUUGAUCAGUACAUGCCAAAUGUUACUUCUCAUGGCGAGAAUAUGAAAAGCGAUGCUUUGGUUAUAAAAUGCAUAAUGCUUUUGAGUGAUUACCUUCAAUUGCCACAUUUUGUCUUCGAUGCCAAAGUGUUAACGUCAGACAAACAUCUUGAUUUUUUUAAAAACUUACAAUCGAUGUACGAUCCCAGUAUGUUUAGCGAUUUUGUUUUCAAAGUGGGCGAUCAAUCCUUCCCAGUUCACAAAAUAAUCCUCUCUGCUCAUUCUCCAGUGUUCAAGAAUAUGAUGACCCACGAGUUCGAAGAAUCCAAGACCAACAGCGUGACCAUUACGGACACCACACCUGAAAUAUUUGAUUCAUUCCUGAGGUAUUUGUAUUCAG